AUGUGCUCAAUGCUAGCUCUGCCGCGCUGGGAUUGCUCGUAUUCCCAGACGCUCAGUUGCACACCGACAAGGAUCUCGAAAGCCGAUUCCAAAAGCCAGAUUCGAAAAGAUGCCCCGACUCCAACUGCACCCAACUGCACCUUCGAUGUCUCGCGUCAGCCUCGUGUCCGCGGGUUCUGGCCCUUUUCCGGCGUCCCGUUCAGACUCAGAAGUGUAUUCCAGCGGUCCCAAUCGACAAGGGGUGAAGGAAAAUGCUCUGAGCCUGGCGAUGCUCGCCUUGCAUGGGAGAAAAAGGUCAUCCUCAGCCCGUCACGGUAUUCCUUGGUGCUGUCGAAUCAUGAUUCGCACAAGCCACGGGCGAGCCGCGAGCACUUAAAACAGCUCCCAGCUCCCAGCCUCCAGCCUCCAGCCUCUAGUGGCAGCGUCCAUUGGCAACCCCCACGGCGGCUCGAGACCAUCGCAAUCUCGGAAGUGCCGGGUUGCCGCAUUUAA